UGCAGAUCAGUGAGCGAGAUGGGUAGCGAAGUUUGCUGUGAAGGCAGGAAACAGUCAUCAUCAUCACUAAACAGAAAUAAACAGCAGACUCUGAGAGGACGCAGGCAGAUGUUGCAGUUGUAUCUUUACAACGAAUCAGAUUUGUUUUAUUGACAACACCGAAGAAGGACUUUUUCCCCUCUGGUUACUUGAGCUAAGCACAACAUUAUGGCAGUCGUACUAAACCGACACGUCGUGCUUCUUACUUUUGCUUUUACUCGUUUCUUUUCAGCCGGAGACAUUGUUGCAAACCGGGACCAUCACGCUGGAGAUAUCCCGGCAAUUGCCAAAUAUUUCGGGACCAAGACCAGAUACGAAGAGGUCAACCCACACCUUUUGAACGACAUACUUUUCGUCAACAAAACUUCCUUGCAGCUUCAACAGGACUGCACUCCGGUGCACAUCAGCGCCGUCAUCAGGCAUGGCACAAGAUACCCGACCGCCAAAAACGUUAAGAAGAUGAAAGUCAUUUACAAGAUGGCUACAAAAACAAAACCCAGGGGUCCGGGCUUGGUGGAUGAUAUAAGCAACUGGGGUAUGUGGUAUAACGACACGAUGGAUGGGCAGUUAGUGAAGAAGGGCAGAGACGACCACAGCAAUCUGGCCUUUCGAUUGGCAACUGCGUACCCUUCACUGUUCACUGAGGACAGUUUCAGGGACUACCGCAUGAAGUUCAUCACGAGUUCCAAGCACAGGUGUGUGGACAGUACCCGCUCAUUCAUCGAGGGGCUGGUGAAGAAGUAUUGGAAAAUGCAGGACUGGAGAAAGGAUGUGCUUUACCAACAUGAAGUCAAUGAUGAACUGAUGAGGUUCUUUGACAAAUGCGAGAGGUUUGUCGUUCACGUGGAAGAGAACAAGACUGCUUUGCAGCAGGUGGAUCUGUUCAAGACUAAACCAGAGAUGCAGGGGGUGCUGGACAAAGUGGCCAGUCUACUGGAGGUAGCAGCCAGUGACAUCACAGUAGAUUUGGUUGAAGCUGCCUUUUACAUGUGUUCUUAUGACCUUUCAAUUAGAAAUCUGAACUCGCCGUGGUGUCAACUUUUUGACCAGGAAGAUGCUAAGGUUCUCGAAUAUGCCAAUGACCUCAAGCAGUACUGGAAGAGAGGCUACGGGCAUGAGAUCAACAGUAAAUCAAGCUGCACUCUCUUUCACGACCUCUUCAGACGCUUGGACAAGGCUGUUGAAGAGAGUGAGAGGUCUGGUAUGGUCUCCGAGCCCGCAGCUUUCCAGAUUGGCCACGCUGAGACUUUCCUCCCACUGCUGUCCCUCAUGGGCUUCUUCAAGGACGAGACACCACUGACUGCCGACAACUUUGCCCAGCAGGGGGAGCGUGUGUUCCGAACAGGCCACAUUGUGCCCUACGCCUCCAACCUGGUUUUCAUUCUUCACCGAUGUGAGGGGAGCCACCGGCUUCAGCUCUUGCUCAACGAGAAACCCCUGUCCUUCCCCCACAUGGAUGAUCCAGCCCCGGAGUAUCAGCAUGUGAAGAAUCUUUACAGCAACUUGCUCAAGGGGUGCGACUUCAAGAAAGAAUGCAAACUUCCCAGCGCCAAUGGAACUGUUCACCCAAUAAUCCAUGAGCUGUGAUCGAUCAAACCCCCCAGCUUCAUAAAUGGGAACCGGGUCAUAUUGGGGUGUACAUGCUCUUGUCAAAUAAAUUAGCAACUUCACAGUUUUUCAGCUCAGAGAAAAAGCUGUGUGCCAUUUUGAUACAAGCAUGAGACUGUGUUUCAUUGUCUGACAUGUAGACCAUUUAUCUAAGAUUCCUGGGGAACAAGCUUUCAACUAUGUGCUGUAGUCACUAGACAUGGUUGACAGGAUACAGGUUUGAAAGGAGCAAUAUGAAGCAAGCUGACUCCACUGCCUUUAUCUCUGUAUCUGAAUGUGAAAUGAAAAGUUUAUUGUUUUGGUGCACAUAAAAAGUGCUGAAGUUGCUAAUCAUUUUCACAAGAGCAAGUGUUAGCGUUAUCAAUUUGUUUUGCAAUUUCAGAGUUCUUAAAUCUCUAAGUUACAUUGCUUUCAAUGGCUGCUAUUUCACUUUUAGAAAUAUCACCCAAAACAAAGUCUGUGGUU